GGGCCGCGGAUCCCAGCAGCCGGGGGGGGCCCGGGGGACUGACCCCCCCCGGGGGCUGCUCCGGAGGGGCGCCCCAGGGAGGUGCCGCGGGUGCUCCGGGGGUGCGCUGGUGGAUGCUGUGGGGGCGCCUCCAAGGGUGGCUCCGGGCCGUGCUGGAGGAUGCUCAGGGGGAUGCUUUGAAAGUGCACAGGGGCGCUCCGUAGUGUGCUCCGGGGGUGCUCAGGGGUUCCCGGGAGCACUGUGAAGGGUGCUCCUGGGGGUGCUCCUGGGGUGCUCAGGGGUGCCUGGCCCCUCGAGCGGCUGCCUCGGGGCAGCAACAGUCCUGCACCACCCGGGACGGGAGCUUUUCCAGCGCACCUCUGGUGUGGGACGGAGGCACGGAGCGUGGCUGGGAAGUGGGGAGAGGUCAGGAAGGCUCCGAGCACCGACAGGACCCCCGGAUGUCACCGUGUGAGGGCUGGGAAGGGCCCCCAGGCCCCUGGCAAUGUGGCGGAAGUCAACAGGAUCCCAGAGCAGCCAGAGUUGCAUUUAGCCUCAAAGCCCAACUGUAAAACCCUCCCCAGCUGUGAAGAUGUGGUUCAGACAAGCCCCAGCCCAGCCUCCCCAGCCGAGCACGGUCGCCGGCGCCUGCCUCCAGCCUCUCUCCGUUUCCUUGCCGGCUUUCCAGCCAUCCGGACACAGAAACUCUUGGCGCCGGUGAAGCGACUCAUCUGCUCUAGCUUGUCAGAAGAUGUUUAACUGACAGCCCAAUUAGACAACACCAUGGAGAAGACAGAUGCAAACGGCCAGCUACCCAAACCAGACGGGGAGAGGGAGCAGCCCCGCAGCCUCCCCUACUCCGUGGAGACACCAUAUGGCUUUCACUUGGACCUGGACUUCCUUAAGUACGUGGACGACAUUGAGAAAGGGAACACCAUCAGAAGGGUUCACAUCCAUCGGAAAGCCAAGCAGCCGAAAUUCAGCACCCUGCCCCGAAACUUCAGCCUGCCUGAAAACGGCUCCCAUGGAUGCACGUCUGCUCCCAGCAAGAGCUGGACAGCAACCUGCUCCUUCCCCCAGCGAAAGGCAUCCCUCGGGAUGGAAGAGAUGCCCUGUUCCCUCCUGCCCAGUGAGCUGACCCUUCCCAUGGCUGAUGAGCCGAGUUACCGGAGAAAAGCCCUUUUGGCGGAGACGCGGCGGCAGGUGGAGCUGGGGCGGCAGGAGGGUGAGCUCCGUGGGCGGCCGCAGCUACUGCGAGCCUCCAGCAUGCCCGCUGCACUGCCACCCGGCCAGGCCCUGCCGGGGGACGGGAGGGUGCCCUCACCCCUCUGGCCACCUCCGCAGCUCUGCCAUGACCAGAACAGCUCUGAAAGCACAUUUCAUCCCACGUCAUGUUCACCUGGCUCUGACGGCAUCAUGUUAAAUCUCCCCCGGAAGAUGGUCUUGGAGCAAGAUGCCUCCAUGGGGCAGAAGGAGCAUCUGGGUGGAGGCAGCCCAGGGCUGGUGCAGGUGCAGCCCCCAUGGCAGAGCCAGCAUCCUGCAGCACCACAGCUGCAGGUUGUGAUGGAGAGCGGAGGCGAGGAGGGCAAUGCUGCUGACGCUGGCACCCUCCAGCUUGCAGAGGAGAACAUGAACCCUGGGGAAGGGGAGUUAAGUGUAAGUGCAAUUUCUCCAAACGUGCUGAAGAAAGCUGAGGAGGGGAGUGUCCAGGCUAUAAAGAAUAAGGAAAGCUGUGGUCCUCAGCCUUGUGAUGCAGGAGAGCCUGUCGGGGUCGCCGCACUGAAGCAGCAGAUUGCUGCUCUGGAGGAGCAGCUGAGCAAGAAGAAAGAAGAGCUUGAGCAGAUCAGGGCAGUGCUGGAGCAGCAGGAUCAUGAGAUCAAGGAGAAGGAGAAAUGCAUUAAGUUACUAGCUAGCUCCAAAGCUCAGCUGGAAGAGAAGCUGUGCCGGGAAAACACCAAAAAGGCCAAGCCACCAUCCAGGCAGAGUGGGGGGGCUUUGCAGUGCUAUGAUGCAGCAGUGAACACUGACCUCUCGCAGGUAACUGGGGCCAAGCAAGCCCAUGAUAAAGGCAUCAAUGUAAAUAUCCUAGUCUCCACCAAAUCCAUAGGAUGCAGCAUCCGCAGAGCAGACAACAUGAACACACAGGCAACGGAGCGGGGUGCUUGGAGAGAUCAGGGACUGGCAGACACUUGUACUGGUGUCAGUGGAGAGGGACCUGGACUUUUGGGUGAAGCUGACAUUGAGGCUGACCUUCACGCACCAUGUUUCACCCAGUUGAAGAUUGAUGAGCAACUCAGCGAUGACAAUCAAAAUCACAGGAAUAACUGUGAUACCCAGAGUCUCUCUGCUCACACAGUGACUGCAGAAAGCUGUCGAAGAACAAGAAUUGGCUCAAACAGAGAAAAGAAGUCAGGCUUUGGUGAAGAUAAACCUCGAGAUGGGCUCGAAGAGGAAGGUCCACCUGACCACAAGGAGCUCCCUGCUGUUGACCCCAUCGGCCAAUACGUAAAAAAAAUCCAGGAGCUUUUGCAGGAGCAGUGGCUGUGUUUGGAGCAUGGCUACCCUGAGUUAGCAAGCGCUAUUAAACAGCCGGCUUCCAAGCUCAGCUCCAUUCAGAACCAAAUAGUUAAUUCCUUAAACUCAUUGCUCUCUGCCUACUCUACGCAAGGGCCCACAGAUAAGGAGAAUUCGAACACACACUAUCAACAGUUGGAAAUCUCUCCAACCACAAGUCUUAAAUCUAUCAUGAAAAAGAAAGGUUAUGGUUUCCAUGCAGGAGGCAAUGGGACCAAAAAGAAUCUUCAGUUUGUUGGGGUAAAUGGUGGCUAUGAAACGACUUCAAGCGAAGACAGCCCAUCAGACGAGGACACAGAGAGUGAGAUGGGGAGAAGAGCUGAUGAUUUGGAGCCCGCACAGGCAAAAGCUAGUAGUGAAGGUGAGGGGGCUCCUUUGGGGACCUCCUCGCAGGAGAGCCGUGAGGACGACGACCUGCAGGAGCCAUCAGCAGAAGCAGUGCCUUGCAUUCAGCACCAGGCUGACAGAUGCAAACCGUCUGAAGACUUCCUUGCCGACUGCCAGCUACUCAGCAAGCACCUCUCAGAAAUCAGGACCACAAGUGACAAGCAUCUGCGGCAUGUCCUGAGCACUGUCUGCCAGGAGUGGUUCCGGGUGUCAAGCCGCAAGUCUUCCAGCCCAGAGGUGGUUGCAGCAUAUCUCAAGGCACUGGGGUCCAUCCAGCCCCAGCUCUUGGCAAUGGUGGUGAACCUGGCUGACAGGAAUGGCAACACAGCCCUUCACUACAGUGUUUCUCACUCCAACUUCCCAAUUGCAAAGCUCCUGCUAGACACAGGCCUGUGCCGCCUGGACCUGCAGAACCGCGCUGGCUACACAGCAGUGAUGCUCACCCCGCUGGCAGCUGCCGAGACAGGCGAGGACAUGGACGUGGUGAUGAAGCUGCUGAAGGAGGGGGAUGUCAACCUGCGAGCUGCCCAGGGAGGCCAGACCGCCCUAAUGCUGGGGGUCAGCCACGAGCGGGAUGACAUGGUGCGAGCCCUCCUCUCCUGCCAGGCCGAUGUCAACCUGCAGGAUGAGGAGGGGAUGACGGCCCUGAUGGUGGCCUGCCAGCAGGGCAACACCGACAUCGUCAGGCUCCUCUUGGCCCAGCCCACAUGCCAGGUCACACUGACAGACAAGGGCGGUAACUCGGCCCUGUCACUGGCCCAGCGCGCUGCUCACGAGGACAUCGCAGCCCUCCUGCGAGCCCAUGCUGAGCAGGGCCCGUCCCUCUCUGCGUGACCAAGUGGGAACAAGAAACCAGGAUGGGGAGUGGGAAACAAACAGUCCCUUCUUGUAACAGCCCCGCUGCUCACCUCGGCAGCUGGGGCUAUCAUCGUGGAUUUCCAUACAUACAGGGGAUGAACCCGGUCAAUUAUCUGCAUACAUUCCCCAUGAUGAAUUCUCCUUAUUAAGCCUGCUUACACCCAUCCAAUAUAUGCACAUUGCCACAAAUUACUCCAAGCUCUCCUAUACGCUCCUCCUGGUAUAGAUUUGGCAGGUGAGCGACCAAAACAAAGGAGAAAAGCACAUUAGAAAAGCAAUACUUAGCCUUUUGUAACCUUACAUUAUGGUUGUCCUUUUAAUCGACUACUUAACUGUAUCUCAUUUAACUUGUAACUUUGUGUCCUAAUAUUUAUUAUUAGCUCUUCUGUACUAGUGGCAGGCAGUGAUUAUUCAGUGUAUGUAACAGCAAACACAAGCUGGAUGGAUUAUGUAAAGUAUAAAAUCCUAUUUAUGUUUGCUUAUGUGGGUCUGAUAUAAGAAUUAAAAAUUAAUGCUCUAGCAAAAUAUUUGAGUAUACCAGACCCAAACACACAGACACUGUUUUGCCUGUAUUUGGAAUUACCAUAUGGCGCCUAUUUUUUUUCUAAUUAUGGUUGAGCUAAUGGGGAAGCAUAGCCCAUUGACAUGCACCGUGCAUCAGCACACGUGUUGCUCAGGCACAGCAGGGAGGAUCAGGUUGUCCUGAGCACAGCAUGAGAAGAUCACAACAGAUUCCUGUCCCGGGAUGCAUUAAUGUUGUCCAAGGGUUUCGUCGAGGGGAUUUGCUGACAGAUGCCUUUUGGGGAAAAGUCUGCUCUCUGCUUUCCCUUGUGCUCAAUGUUGAGAUGCCCAAGCUACUGCCGUGUAAAGCCAUGGCGUGAUUUAGCUGCCGGAGUCAGCCAGUGCCAGGGCCUCCCCUGACAUGGGGCACACACUGUGGGGGACCCACAGACCAGCAUCACCUUAAAUAAUACAUAGGACAGUUUGGUUUUUUUUUUUCUUAAAUCCCUCUGCUGCUGACAAAGAGAGGAGGGCUCGGGCCCUACUUUUCCAAACAUCUUUACACUGUCAUUAUGUUGCUACAUACUGGGAAAUUCCAUUUCAUGAGGCUGUGCUGCAUCUCUGUAGCCUUUGGUGGACCUGGAUGCCAUCACCAGUUGAGCUGGUGCGUAGUACAUGUCCAUAAACCCAGAUCUACUUGCCAUUGCUAAAAGCAAAUCUCCCUAGUUAAUUACUUUUCUUUUUUUUGUUACUAAGCGCAAGUUAAUCUUGGACUACUUUGAGUGCUUGUUCACAUCAUGAACUGCCUUUUCCCCUUCCCUCUUACUCGCAAUAUGUGUCAAGGCCAUUUCUGAGGCCCAGUCCUUAUGCCAGUAAUGCUCCCAUUACCUUGCCUUGCAGGGAGGGGAAGACUGACCUUGCCACCUUAUUUCCACUGAAAUUUGCCAUCUACUCCAUUUCUUUCCUUUCUUCAUGGUUUCAGUCAUAAACAUUCCUCAUCGCAAAUGUCUAUCUGCUUUUUUUUUAAACUCAAAAUUCAGUUAUCUCCUUUAUGUAUAAAUAAACUUGAGUUAAGCCUUUA